GGCCUGUUGCCAUGAUAAAUUAAUGUGUGGCAGGCGGUGAGGCAGCGGCUGCUCUCAGUCAGUGUUCUCCACUCCGUCCAUACUCUUUCUCCUCACUAUGUCGACUUCAGGUCUCCCCCGCACCAUAUUGGGUGCCAUGGAGUUUGGGCACCGCAUGGAUGCCGUCUCCAGCCAGCAGGUGGUGCAGGAGUUCCUGCGGCGUGGACACCACGAGCUGGACACUGCGCACAUCUACGGCGUUGGGAAAAGCGAGGAGAUCCUGGGGGACAUGGGGCUUGGCGCUGGAGUGAAGAUAGCGACUAAAGCCAACCCGCUGGAGGGGAAGAAGAACCUGAAACCGGAGAGCGUCCGCCAGCAGCUAGAAGAAUCCCUAAAGCGGCUGAAGACCACCAGUGUCCCCCUGUUCUACCUGCACCUCCCCGACCACCAGACCCCCCUGGAGGAGACACUGGCGGCCUGCCAGGAGCUGUACCUGGAGGGAAAGUUUAAGGAGCUGGGUCUGUCCAACUACGCGUCCUGGGAGGUGAUGGAGAUUUACUGCAUCUGUAAGGAGAGGAACUGGGUGCUGCCGACUGUCUACCAGGGUAUCUACAAUGCCACAUCAAGAGCAGUAGAGACAGAGCUGCUCCCCUGUCUGCACCAACUUGGGAUCCGCUUCUAUGCCUACAGUCCGCUGUCAGGCGGAUUGCUAACCGGGAGAUACAAGUACGAGGACAAGGAUAAGGAGCAGCCGACCUCCAGGUUUUUUGGCACAAACUGGUCUGGUUUUUACAUGAACAGAUACUGGAAGAAGCAUUACUUCCAAGGCAUUGACCUGGUGCAGAAGGCGCUGGAGGAGGCGUACGGCAAAGACCGACCCAGCCUGGCUGCCGCUUCUCUCCGCUGGAUGUACCACCAUUCCAAACUACAGGGGAGCGACGCUGUGAUCCUGGGGGUGUCUAGUUUCGAGCAGCUGGUGCGGAACCUGGAUGGGGCGGAGGGGGGUCCCCUGCUUCCCCCCGUGGUCAGCGCCUUUGAUGAAGCCUGGAACCUGGUCGCCCACGAUUGUCCGAACUAUUUCACUGAUUCUGCUACUUUACGCAAAUCGAUGUAAACUUUUCAACUGUUGGUGUGAAUGAGGCUUUACACGGGAUAAUCUGCCGCCAUGUGUGAUCUCGGUCUGAACGUCCCAAAGGGGUCAAUGAGAUGUCGCGCCCAUUGUCUCACAAAUGUACAAGUGUUACCAUUAAACUGAUUUUA